AAGACUUGCUGAGCUCCAGUAAGAACUUUUGGGAAGCGGGGAGCAAGAGAGCAGCAGGAUAAUGAUCUCUAAACAUGACAGAAAAUCUUCCUGGAAAGCUAUGGAAGUCUGCAUUACCGGUUGUUGUGGAAAUUCCAAUGAAGGAAGAGAAGGUAGAAGAAGCUGAUACUAAGCGAGAAUAUGCAGUCUUCCACAGAAAAUUCACAGAUUUUUUACCAGAUGGAACUUUCCAAAAACCAGGAAAAGGAACAACUCAGAAUCAUUCAGCCUUUAAAAAGAUAAAUUAUAGAUUUGAAAAUACUUUCAAGCUCACCAUUCCCUGUUCUUUAUGCAACCAAGAACUUUGUGUAUUUGAUUUUUUUGCCCAUAAGAGACAGCACAAAGCCAUGGCCAUGAUGGGCUACAAUGUAAAAGAUAGGGAAAAACCAAAACCACGCAAGAUUUUAGCACAGAGGAACUUUCUAAUCUCUACAUUAAUUGAAGCCUAUUUAUACAAAGAAAAAACUAGAGAAAAAAUCGAUAAUGCUUAUGAGUUCCUUUGUAAGGAUAACAUGCCUUCCUAUUAUCAAGUUCUUACUAAUACUUUCAAUAGCUCUGUGCACCUUAGGAGAACAGAUAAUCCACUAGUUAAUGCUGUUGCCAUCUGUGAAGACCAGAAUAAGACGUGGAGAUCAGUAAUGGAAGACAGAUACGUCUUCCAGGGCAGAUAUGGGAAGAAAUCCAAUGUGUGUUUUUUUGGCUUGUUUGAUGGACACCAUGGUUCCGGAGCAGCUGAAAUCACUGCUUUAGAACUAUCUAAGUUUUUUUUGGACCAACUUGCUCAAUCUGAUUUUUCUUAUAAGCAGACCAAGAAAGAAAAAAAAUUUAUCCAAUCUUUUGACACAGUGUUUAAGGAGGAGUAUAGGCAACAAGAAUACACCUUUUCUUCCCAAAAGAGAAAGUAUUCAUCUUCAAACUAUAAUUAUGAGUGGAUCCAUAAAGCCUUUGCUAAAGCUUUCUGGAGGAUGGAUAGAGCUUUGAAACUUGGGAGGAAGGAAGUAUCUAAUUUCUGUUGGAGCGGCUGUUCAGCAGUCGCCUGUUUGUUGGAAUGUGAUGAAGAGUUUGGUAGUAGUACCUCUUGGAAAACGGCCAGUUUCACUGAGGAUUCUGAAGUGGAAGUAGAAGAAAAGAGUUUUCGUUUUUCCAAUCAAUUUGAAAAUAGCUUUGGAGUAUUACACAUUGCUAAUGUUGGUAAUGUACAUGUAGUUUUAUGCAAAGGUGGGCAAGCCCAUCUUCUUACAAAAGAACAUACAACUCGAAUCCUAAGUGAAAGACACCGUGUAUUAAAUGGAGGAGGAAAAAUCAGCAGCAAUGAACCAAGUGGAUUCACUGAAGGGAUUGUAAAAAUAACUCGGGGGCUUGGAUUUCACGGAAAUCCAAAGCUGAGAAAGUCUGUUAUUCCAGUACCCCAAACAAUUUCCGUCUCUAUAGAUGAUACAUGUCAAUUCCUUAUUGUUGCUACUACUGGACUUUGGGAUGUUAUAGAUCAAAAUGAAGCUGCAGCAACAGCAAUGUCAUUAUUUGGAAUCUAUGAGGAGAUAUAUAAAACGACUAAGCGAGAAAUGUACAGGUCACGCCGAAACAGAAUUCCUUUUUUACCUAGCUUAUCAUCUUCAACUAUUAGCGUACAGGAUGGUAAAAUCAAAUUAUUGUAUCGUAAUACUUCAGCGUUUCUUGAGAAAAUGUCCCAGCAGAGCACAAUUGAAAAUUCACAGUUAAGCACGUAUAGCAAAAACAGAGAUUCUCUAACUUCACGUAGUUUGGAUAAAGGUAUGGAUUCCAAAUUUAAGUUAAGUAGUGAAACGGACUUUUCAAGUACAAAACCUUUUUAUUUGUAUGGUAUUGAGGACAGCGAUGAAACAAGUAGCAGCACAUCUUAUGAAUCAAGUUUGGUAGAGGAAGACAUCGACAGGAAUUUCUUUGAAUAUGCAGCAGAAUAUAUAAGUAAUGGACUUGUCAAAGCUGCUCUUACAGCAGGUUCUAGGGAGAAUAUUACUGUGCUGGUAAUGCUUUUCAAAGGAUGUGGAUAUCAGCUAUAUGGAAGUGAAAUCUGAUCUACCUGCUCUUCUGGACCACUGAAAAAUAUACCAGAAGAAACCAUAUGUACUACAUCUGUAUAGUACUCCAUAACAUUGCUUUCAAUACAUAUUGUGUGUGUGUGUGUAGGGAAGGUGGUGUAGGGGAGAGGAUGAAGGGAACCGUUUCUCUUUUACAUAGUCACAAUAAAAUGUUUUGUGAUUAAAAAAAAAAAAA